AUUUCUCAGUCCCUUGAAUAUGCUUAUUGGCGGUACUGUGGUGGUGCUGGUGUUCAUGGGGUUUGUGUGGGUAUCGCACAACAAGGAUAUACUCCGCAGACUGAAGAAGCAGUACCCAACCACAUUUGUAGUGGUCAUCAUGCUGUCUAGCUACUUCUUGAUCUCCUAUCUGGGAGAUGUCAUGGUGUUCAUGUUUGGGAUCACGCUUCCUCUCCUCUUGAUGUUUGUCCAUGCUUCUCUGAGGCUCCGGAACAUAAAGAACAAGCUGGAGAACAAGAUGGAAGGAAUAGGCUUGAAGAAGACCCCGAUGGGCAUCAUACUGGAUGCUCUAGAACAGCAAGAGGAUAGUAUCAACAAACUGGCUGACUACAUAUCUAAAGUGAAGGAGUAAGCAGCUGCAACGUGGCAUUUUUACCUGUUGCAGGAGCGUAGUUGCUAUUUACUAUUGUUCAAGCUUGCUUUCAGUUUGUGUUCAAAAUAGGAAAUUCACGUGGUACAGCGUAAUAGUUGCAGGAUACAGGUAUUCCAAGGUCUUCAGGGGUCCUUUGAGAACAUAAGAGCAGCAACUUCUUUUUUUCUAUUGUAUAGCAAAAUGUUCUGGUGUUUACACAAAUACAUACUAACUUAAACAUGUUUGCUUGUCUCUUCUUCUGGGGGUAGAAGAGGAAGAGAUGGAAAUCUAUGGAAUGCAGUCUCUCAAACUGUCUUGUAGCAAACUUGUCUAUUAGUAAGAGUAACACCCCUUUCACCUGAGUUCUACAAGAUGGCAGUUUUGCAAGUUUAUGCUGGGUAGCACCUCCAGGCUGGCAAUAGUCAAGGUGAGCUGGGAUGUAUCAGAAGAAGGUCUCUCUUGCAUCCUCCAGGUCUCUCACUUGAGUGGUCUGUAUUGAGACCAUGUUGCUAGCUUAACAGGGAAGCAGUAAAACUGCAAUACUUGUAACAAAUAUGGGUUCCUGUUCU